CUCAGUGAACCUGAAGUUGGCAACUGCUGACACAACCAUUCCACCAAUCUUUCAAGAUCUGCUGCAAAAUCAUGCAUGUUUCUAACCAAAAGCUCUGGGAGUCCAAUUUUCUUGCCACUUGUUACUACUAUUGAAGCUUGCAGGCGAUUGUGAUGACCGACCGGCCAGUUUAACCGGAUUGGAAAUCAAACAAGCCCUAAAAAAAGAACCCGCCCGUCUUCUUCUUUUGAUUCCCGCUCGCUUUCUUCCUACCUGCAACAAUGGCAGCCUACACUCUGCUUCGUCGUAUCGCAAAACCUCAAUUCAGUUCCUCUCUGCUUCUUCAUACUACCAGUCCCAGAUGCUACUUCUCAACUUCCGUCAAUCCUAAAACCGUGGCAACGCCUCCUUUUCAAGAAAGAUCAUUGGCAAGUCGACCAGACUCUGUUUUCCUUUUUGAUGAGAUGAUUGUAGGGAAUCAGAGGAAGUAUUACAUGUUGGGUGGCAAAGGAGGUGUCGGAAAGACAAGUUGUGCUGCAUCCCUUGCUGUAAAAUUUGCAAAUAAUGGUCAUCCCACCAUUGUAGUUUCUACAGAUCCUGCUCAUUCUUUAAGUGAUUCGUUUGAUCAGGAUUUGACUGGGGGGACGCUAGUUCCAAUUCAAGGACUGAAUUCGCCAUUAUUUGGACUUGAGAUUAAUCCAGAAAAAACCAAGGAAGAUUUCCGUAGUGCAGCACAAGGCAAUGGUGGUGCUGGCGUAAAAGAUUUUAUGAACAGCAUGGGACUUGGAAUGGUAGCCGAGCAGUUGGGAGAAUUGAAAUUGGCAGAGCUUUUGGAUACACCUCCUCCUGGUCUAGAUGAAGCUAUUGCGAUAUCGAAGGUAAUGCAGUUUGUAGAUUCUCCAGAGUAUAGUACGUUUACGAGGAUAGUGUUUGAUACAGCACCUACAGGUCAUACACUUAGGCUGCUUUCAUUGCCAGACUUCAUGGAUGCAUCCAUAGGCAAAAUAAUGAAGCUGAAAACGAAAAUUGCUUCAGCAACUUCUGCCAUUAAAUCUGUAUUUGGGAAAGAGCAGACACCACUUGUGGAAGGCUCUAGCAGCAAGCUAGAACAGUUAAGGGAAAGGAUGGCCAAAGUGAGAGAUCUUUUUCGUGACUCAGAGACUAUGGAAUUUGUCAUCGUGACCAUCCCUACGGUUAUGGCGGUUAGGGAGUCAUCUCGGCUGCAUGCAUCAUUGAAGAAAGAAAAUGUGCCUGUACAAAGAAUUAUUGUUAAUCAAAUCUUGCCACCAUCUGCAACAGACUGCAAAUUUUGCUCAAUCAAAAGAAAGGAUCAAAUGCGCCCUCUUGAUAUGAUCCGAAAGGAUCCAGAAUUGGCUAGUUUGGUGGUAAUUGAAGCACCAUUAUUUGAUGUGGAGAUCAGGGGUAUUCCAGCUCUCCAGUUCAUGGGGGAUAGGGUUUGGAAGUGAAAUGUAGCAAAAAUGAUCAUGUCGGUUGCGAGAAAGUAAUGCCGGCCUCGGCAACCGGCAUGGGACGACGAUAUGAGAAAAAAGAGCAACAUGUUUGCGAGCCUGCAGAUCCAAAGAUUACCCCUGAUUUUGUGUUUUACAUUUUAGUAAGAAAUAUAGUUUGUUAUUAAUCGACUGACUCUGGAUAAGCUACUAACUAUAGGACUCGGGCACAU